UUGUCAUGUCCAUACAUGGAGGAAGGACUGGUCACACCUAGAGCCGGACUGGUCACACCUAGAGCCGGACUGGUCACACCUAGAGCCGGACUGGUCACACCUAGAGCCGGACUGGUCACACCUAGAGCCGGACUGGUCACACCUAGAGCCGGACUGGUCACACCUAGAGCCGGACUGGUCACACCUAGAGCCGGACUGGUCACACCUAGAGCCGGACUGGUCACACCUAGAGCCGGACUGGUCACACCUAGAGCCGGACUGGUCACACCUAGAGCCGGACUGGUCACACCUAGAGCCGGACUGGUCACACCUAGAGCCGGACUGGUCACACCUAGAGCCGGACUGGUCACACCUAGAGCCGGACUGGUCACACCUAGAGCCGGACUGGUCACACCUAGAGCCGGACUGGUCACACCUAGAGCCGGACUGGUCACACCUAGAGCCGGACUGGUCACACCUAGAGCCGGACUGGUCACACCUAGGACUAGCCACACCUAGAGCCGGACUGGCCACACCUAGAGCCGGACUAGCCACACCUAGAGCCGGACUAGUCACACCUAGAGCCGGACUAGCCACACCUAGGACUAGCCACACCUAGAGCCGGACUAGCCACACCUAGAGCCGGACUAGCCACACCUAGAGCCGGACUAGCCACACCUAGAGCCGGACUAGCCACACCUAGAGCCGGACUAGCCACACCUAGAGCCGGACUAGCCACACCUAGGCCACACCUAGGACUGGCCACACCUAGGACUAGCCACACCUAGGACUAGCCACACCUAGGACUAGCCACACCUAGGACUAGCCACACCUAGGACUAGCCACACCUAGGACUAGCCACACCUAGAGCCGGACUAGCCACACCUAGAGCCGGACUGGCCACACCUAGAGCCAGACUAAUAUAAACAUCCUGUAUGUUUCCUCUCUGGUCCAGUUGGAGAAGAGUCAGAAGGCUGGUCACACCUAGAGCCAGACUAAUAUAAACAUCCUGUAUGUUUCCUCUCUG